GUUGAUCCGGAAGCGCCGCUGUUGUGGUUUCCUUGAAACUAGCUGCAUGGCUAAACACUUCAGAUAGCACAGAGUCAAACUUUGCCUCAGACAGCUGGUGAAUACAAACUUACAGUCAAAGCUCAACCGUCGGUGCGGUCAUGUCGUGACUCCGGCUCCGGUUGUGACCGAGCUUAACGGUUGGCGGGUUUUUUUUAAACCUCCGCAUCACUUAGCGCAAGUGUCCGGAGCGGGCAGGAUGCUAGCAUUCGUCGUUAGCAAACCACUGCAGGAAAUUAGCUUUGGUUAGCUAAACCAGUCCAGUGGUAGUAUGAGGCUUCAUGUCGCCUCUUUAUGCUCGUUGAACUCGAUCUGAAGAAGCUCUUCGCAAUGGACACCGAGGCGAUAGUGAUCCGUAUUAAGACGCCGUCCGGGGACAUGGACUCCUCCGUCGACUGUCCAUCUCUUCUCGACUUUAAUGACCUGCUGGUGGCAAUCAGAGACGUCAUGCCUGAAGCCACUGUCACGGCCUUUGAAUAUGAGGACGAGGUGGGAGACAGAAUCACUGUAAGAAGUGAUGAAGAACUCAAGGCCAUGUUGUCAUAUUACUGCAACACAAUGAAUGAACAACGCAUGAAUGGACUGCUGCCGGACCCUCUCCAGAUUUUUCCAAGAGCCGGCAAGACUCCAGGGAUCCGGAACAUACAUGGCCUGAAGGUUAAUACAAGACCAAACCCAGCCAAUGAUUGCACUCAGGCAGUCCAGGACACCAUGACCAACAACAGCUUAAAAAAAUCAUCUGCUGAGCUGAAAAGGAUCUUGACAAAUGGGCAGAUAAAUGCCCAAGAUAUCCACUAUCAAGAGCAGCUUGGCCAUGGAAAUGGAGGCACAGUUUACAAAGCGUACCACGUUCACGGCAAGCGGGUUUUAGCUGUCAAGGUCAUUCCACUUGAUAUCACGUUGGAGUUGCAGAAGCAGAUCAUGUCGGAAUUAGAAAUUCUCUACAAGUGUGAUUCACCCUAUAUCAUCACUUUCUUCAGUGCCUUCUUUGUUGAGAACAGGAUAUCAAUAUGCACCGAAUUUAUGGACGGUGGUUCAUUGGAUGUGUUCAAAAGAAUUCCAGAGCAUGUGCUGGGAAGGAUCGCAGUGGCAGUAGUGAAAGGUCUGACAUAUUUGUGGAGCCUGAAGAUACUUCACAGAGAUGUCAAGCCGUCCAAUAUGCUGGUGAACACCCGAGGACAAGUCAAGCUCUGUGACUUUGGUGUCAGCACACAGUUGGUGAAUUCUAUUGCCAAAACAUAUGUGGGAACUAACGCAUACAUGGCGCCAGAGAGGAUAUCAGGUGAACAGUACGGUAUUCACGCAGAUGUCUGGAGUGUGGGAAUCUCUUUCAUGGAGUUGGCCCUAGGCAUGUUCCCGUAUCCACAGAUUCAGAAAAACCAAGGAUCUUUGAUGCCUCUACAGUUACUGCAAUGCAUCGUUGAUGAGGAUCCUCCAGUUCUUCCCGUCGACCAGUUCAGUGAAAAGUUUGUUCACUUCAUCACUCAAUGUAUGCGGCGGCAACCCAAAGAGAGGCCUGCCCCUAAUAACCUCAUGGAACAUUCCUUCAUCAUACAGUAUAACGAUGGUAAUGCGGAGGUGGUGUCAAUGUGGGUUUGUCGCUGCUUGGAGGACAGGCGAAUUCAGCAGGUUCAGGGAUACGUCUGACGUCCUCCUGCUGUAAGUUCGCCCACAAUGGACCUGGACGUUUGAUUCCAAACCUUGGACAUUUACUGUUUCAAGGAUCUUCUUCAGGAUCAAGUAUGUCCACUUGCACUGUACAAGUGACUCCGUGUACAUGGACAAAAAUCAUAGUUUAUGUGAGUUAUUCUAUAUUUAACAGCCCUCGAUAAUGAAGAGCUCUCAUCCUCUGAAGUGAAUAUGAAUCUCUACAUCCAAUAAGUGCAGAAUUAUCUGUGCUGUCUUUCUAACGUGGAUCUCCAUCCGCAGCCUCAUCCCCAUGUUUUUUGGGGAGAAUACAGAAAUGCAGAGAGAGUUUCACGGUGUGACGGAUAGAGAUUAAUCAUCCUCAUUCAAAGGAUCAGUGACAAAGAACAACUUAAAAGCACUGCAAUAUGCUGGCAGAGUUGUGAUCUGCUUUGUAAGAGUGGCGUCUCUAAUAACCGUCUUGUGCUUUACUGUUGACAGCCCUCUAAUGAAUGUUAUGGUUUUUGCCUGUGAGUAAAUGCCCAUGUGUGUGCCUGGUUUUCCACCGGUGUAAUUUAUUACCUCAGCAAAAUUUUGGUAUCCCCGUACUAGCAAAACCCUACUCCAAAAAGAAGCUGUUUUCAAAUCCCGGACAAAGCAAGUUUAUUUGCAGGCCUCUGUUUCGAUAAUUGCCUUACAGAGGGAUGAAAAUACAUUUAUAAUAAGACAUAAUAGACACAAAAACAUUAAAAUUGUAUUUAAACGACAAUGAAAACAAGUUGCUUCGAAGUGCUUCACCGGGACAAAAAAUAAAUCAAACUUUUAAAAUAAAACUAUUAGAAACACGUUGAAAUUGCAUUUGAAAACAAAAGAAAAUAAGUAGUUAUAAGAUUAAAGAGAGGCUAUGAGAGGUUAGUGAGUAAUUUAUUGGUAUAAGCCACAGCAAACUGUUUUAAGCCUUCAGACCUCAGCUUCUCAGGAAGCUUGUUCCACAAGUGGAACGCAGAAAAACUGAAAGAUGCUUCACUUCACUUUGUUCAGAUUCUGGUAACACAGAGCAAAACCUUCCCCAGGUGACCUGUCACCUGAGGGGUCUGGAUGCUGCCAAACGUACAAAUAUAUGAGAGAUGUAUUUAGGCCCGAGACCAUUUAGUGUUUUAUAGACACGUAAUGGCAUUUUAAAGUCUGUCCUUUAACUCACAGAAAGCCACUGCAGUGAUUUAAAGAGCGGGGACACUGGUGGCAGCUCUGUGGAUGAGCUGUAAGACCUGUGAAGGCACCGCGACAAAAGUCGAGUCUGAUGAAAAUAUAUCAGGCAGUGUGUUUUUUUCUGUUCUGAAAUUUAGACAGAAUCAACAUCUUUGAUGAUUUUAGCGUCACAGAUUUAAAGUGAGCACUGACACCAGCUAAAUUGUGUGUGUGUUUAGUCUAGAACGUUUGUAUCCUGUUAUUCCCGAACCUUGUAAGGUUGUGGGUUAAUUGAAUAGACAACAAGAAGUCUGCAGUACCAGUGAGUCUAAUGCAGCAACGCAGUAUUACAGUGGAACUAAAUAUUGAAACGUUUUUUUAAAUAUUUAUUCUCAAGCUCACAGACUGAGCAAUUUAUCAAUGCAUUGUUCACAGUCAUCGGGAAGAACCAGGGUUUCUUUUUUUAACCAGUUGUUAACUCUUUUAUUUCCAUUUGCACAGUCAUGCCUGACAUUGAAUGCAGCUGAAUGAACUGUUAGAUCUGUUUGAAUCUGAUGGAACGAAUCUCCACCUCCAUUCAGCAGCUAUUUGUUUGUUUUAUUAAACCAUUAGGAAUAAGAGAAAGUACAGACAGCUGGAAGCAAACCAGGAAAUGUAACCCACCCUCCGCUUAACCCAUUUUUCAUUUUAAGUUACUGUUUUGUCCACAUAAUGAAAAUAAUUGACUGUGUCAUCAUACAGAAAUUAUGUAAUUUUACUCUAUUGCCCAAUGAGAUCACUUUAUAUAUUGUCGAGGGGAAAACAUUAAUGUUCGUGCUAAUAACACCAAAGAUCACUGACGGGCCAAAUGGUGAAUUCUAUGGAUUUCACGUGACUGAGGGCAAACAUAAUGGCUGGAGUGACUAAAAAUGAAUUGAUUUGACCAGGUGUUUACGUGCACCUGGUGAGUGCAGAGCUUAAGUGCAAUUAAAUCCCAUUACUUCCACAAAGGCACAGUAAACACGUAUAGCGUGAGCAUCGCUGAAAGCCAAUCUAACGGCCGUGCAUUAGGGCGCAGCGGAAAAAGGCUUACAGCUCCAUUUUUUUGUGAUGCGUAGUCUCUUUAGUGACCUGUUAGAUGUGGUUCUGUCCUCCGUUAUGGUGAGGCGACACAUGGACGGUAGAGUUUAAUCUCCGGCCUUUGAGUGAGAACACAUCUGGUGUUCAAACUAAUAAUUUCAUAAUUUGGGGAUGUAGUCUAGAGUGGUUUCAUUGUUCAAAUAAUUUUGCAUUUUAUUUCGGGGGGGGGGGGGGGGGGGGGGGGUUUAUUCAUUUUCAAAAAUUUCCUUUUUUAAAUGACCCAACUCUUCAAAGGAAAUGGAAAAAAUUCUGUCUGCCCGGGGGUAACUCCAUGAUGUGUCCCAGCUCCGUACUACAGACCAAAUCUAAGCGUGAUCUAAGUAGAAAUUGCAUCUAUAUAUGCAUACAGCAUUUUAUGGUAUUAUCCUACAAUGCAAUGUGAAAAAAACUAAUAGAAACAAUACUAAGUUGACAAAAAACGUUACAAUAUUUGAAAGUUUUGGAAAAAGCAUGUUUUGUCAAAACACUUUCUCAGGCCGAGAAUGAUAUUUUUCACUUUGGACAAACAUGAUGCGUCCUGUUGAAGAUUAGUAAAUGUACCUUUAAUGGAUCGUUUACAUCACAGUUUUAUCAUCAUCCGUCUACUGUACGUACGUUGUGUUUUUGGGACACAGCAAACCAAUCCUCCUUAUUGGUCAGAUUAGUUUAACGGGUUACUCUGUCGGAGGGAAAUGCCUACUGGUUGAGCUCAGAAUUCAAAGACGAGAUGUCGCGUUGGAUUUAAUAUCUGAUCCCAGAUGACAUUAAGUUAAUAUAAUUUAAUUGAGUCCUUUCCCACAUCCAGCAGGUCAUUAUUUUUUAUAAUACAUAUCACUGAUUUUAAUGUUCUUCAUUCUGUGUUACAGCAGUUCGAGUUUGUUUUUGCAGACGUCAACAUCCCUCUCGUAUUCACAUGUUUCAUUAGUGCCAUUAUUUGCCUGAGGCGCAAUGUUUUCGGGGGGUUUUUUACGUUUUUGUACAUAUACUUCUGGGAUGGACAUCUGUGCAAGAUGUCGAUAUUAAUAAUCACUUUGAUGAUUGAUGAUCUUCAAAAUUUGAAGAUUCUCCUGUUACUUAAGUACAUCCGUGUGGAUUUUUCCCAUAGAUGCGCAACAACUAGAAUAUGUACUCUGCAUUUUACUACAUAUAUUGUUAGUAAAUUCAUCUAACUGGUAAAUUUCUAUCACACUGUCAACACAUCUGUGAGACAGCUGCCUGAUAUUUAGUUUGCAUUAAAUGUAACCGAAACUAUAAAUACAUUGCAGUCUGGUAAUCGGAUCACACAAACAUUUUUAUUAGAAGGAUACGCCCCUUCAGAUGAACCAUCUCGUUUUCAAGGGUUGUCCUGAAAUUAGUGGGAAAUAAGAAAUGUUUGUGAUGUGGCCACUGGCUACAGAUAACUCAAGGCAAAAUGUCUCAGACAAACCAAAAAUAUAAAGCUUUUUUGUUUUCUGAUCAGAUUCUGAACUCUGACACGUCUUUUUUUUUUUUUUUUGGCCUUGUUUGGCCUGAUAUUAAAAUCUGCCUCAUCAAUGGGAAUAUUUAUUAUUCUUAUUUCUACCAUCAGUCUGCUCACAACAGAGAUCGCCUCUCGUGACUUUGCCCCUGUUAUUACCUGUUUCUGCCCAAACCACAAAUCAUUAAGUCAGUGAUGGGACUCAGCAGAAAUGUCAGUGCUGCGAUGUGACUGGCUGAUUGUGGCCUUUUCUGUAAUGGUAUGUGUUGGCACAUAUUCCAACCUGCACAAAUACAAUAAAAUGUGUUUAAACAUAA